AUGAGCGCUGAUCUGGAGCGCGUUACGCUCAACACAUCGGUGAACUCGGCCGGCCUGGGUGGCCGUGCGCUCUCAGCGAACGUCCGGAGGCUCCACAACGCUCUCAACGUUCUUCUCAGCGACGUGGAGAGAGAACACUUCAUCCACUGUAUCAAUGUGUACCACGCCAAGCGAAACGUCUUCGACCUGGUCCAAACUCUCAAAGUGAUUCUCAACACGCCCGAAAAACGACAGCUGCUGCCCAUGCUGCGUCUGGUCAUCCCGAGGUCCGAUCAGCUGUUGUUCGACCAGUACACAUCCGAGGGGCUCUACCUGAAGACAGACCUGCUCCCCAACAACAGCAGUGCCAAGGGCUUUGGAGACGAGGGCGAUUCAACUCUGCAAAAAUAUGUCAGUUCCGUCCAUGAGCAGUCCCUCACACCGGGCUGUCCGGACGGUUUCAGCGCCGCCGCGGAGCUUUCGGCUUCCGUGGCGCAGUUCUGUGAGGGCCCCUAUAGAGAGGUGCGCAAAGUAACACUGACGCGCUCCAGGAGCCACGAGGGUCUGGGCUUCAGCAUCCGCGGGGGAUCAGAGCAUGGCGUGGGGAUCUACGUGUCCCUGGUGGAGCCGAGUUCAUCGGCCGAGAGAGAAGGACUGAGGGUCGGGGACCAGAUAGUGACUGCCAACGAUAUGGCGUUUGACAGGGUCAGUCACAUAGAGGCGGUGAAGGUGCUGAAAGGAUGCAAGAAGCUGACCAUGUCUGUGUGUUCUAUGGGACGGAUCCCUGGAGGCUACAGCACUAACCAUGUGUACAGCUGGGUAGACCCUCAGGGCCGGAGCGUCUCUCCACCACCUGACAGCCAGGAGGCCAACCAGAGGCACGGGCAUAGCAUGGAGGAGAGGAUGGUAAACCUGAACAUGGAUGAUGGCCACUCUCUGGGUCUGAUGAUCAGGGGUGGUGCAGAGUAUGGACUUGGGAUUUACAUCACCGGGGUAGAUCUUGGAUCUGCUGCAGACUCUGGUGCACUAAAGGUGGGUGACCAGAUACUGGAAGUCAAUGGUCAGAGCUUUGUCACCAUCUCCCAUGAUGAGGCAGUUAACAUCCUCAAAACAGGGUGCCACUUGUUGAUGAAAGUGAGGGAUGUGGGCCGCCUGCCUCAUGCACGCACAGUGGUGGAUGAGACCAAAUGGAUCUGCAGUCAGGUCAUAGCUGAGACCAACGCUACAGCGAAUCCUAACUCAGUCACCAACCCCACUGUCAAUGCAGGUGUCAGUGCCAGUGCCAGUGCCAGUGCCUGCAGUUCAAGACCAUCUUCAGCUAGAGCUACACCUGUAUUAGGGAAGUCAGCAGGAUGCAGAGGUGUGGGCCCGCCGGGUGCUCAGGUGUCUCUGGAGCAGCAGGCUUACAUGCUGCUGACGGAGCCAGAGAGGCAGACCAUGGCCUACUACCUGCAGGAGUACCAAGACGGACACAUAGGAGUGGAGCCGCUGGCCAUGGCUCUGUUUGAGCUUUUCAACACACAUGCAAAGUUGUCCAUGUUGUCUGAGGUGAGGAGUCUGGUGGCUCCUGAGGAUCUGGAGUUGUAUGACAGGCUAGUGUUGCACCGAGAGAGGGAAGCUCACAUGACUUGGUAUGGAGGGCUGGGAGUGCUGCAUUCACAGGGCCUCUGUAACCAUCCAGCCUCUGUAAUCAGUGACACAGGACAUACUGUUUCUGCUAUGGAUGGAAUGCAGGCUCCAUCAUCUCCAUCAUCUCUAAGAGCUGCUCCUCUCCAGGUCCAGAGCAAGCCAUCCAGGGAGAAGGAGCUCAGCCGGAAGCCUUCAGCCCGGCUGGUGUCAGCUGGUUCAAGCCGACUCUUCACUGGCCCCACUCGUUUGCUCCAGGACUGCCUUCAUAAGUCACUCAAAUCCCUUCCCACUACCCACCAACACUCCCCAACAUCUGCUCAACACGCCUAUGCUGGUGCCAGUCACCACACUUCCCUCAAUGCACUCCAUCACACCUGCCAGAGCUCCCUUCAACUCUCCGACUCUGAGCACCACGACAUCCCCCUCUUCGCUCAUCAUGUCCACCACCACACUGCCCACCAUAACAGGCCCAGGUCAGGACACCACACCUGUCCAGGCUUCUUGCACCAUCAGGACUCCUCCAGCCCUGCUAAGCCAGAGCCAUGUGUCAAGCUUACUUGCAGAUCCAGCUCCUAUGAAAAUUCCUCUGUCUUGUCUAUGUCUGGAUCAUCUUCCAAAUUGGCAUCUCCCAUGCCAUCCCCUCAUCCAUCACCCCAUCCUUCACCAUGUCCCUCCCCCUGUCCCUCCGUAAUAACACCUGCAGCCCCACCCUGUAGUCCUGAUAGGCCCUGCUCACCUGCCCUCACCCAGAGAGCUAUCGUAACAGACAUGAACCGACUGUCUGCAGAGUCCAGAAUACAGCAAAGAGGGGCCACCCUGUCCCAGCUGUCAGACAGUGGCCAGACUCUGAGUGAGGACAGUGGCGUGGAUAUAGCAGAGGCAGGAGGCCACAUCAAGGAUGGCAGCCCUCGACCCAGCAAGAACCAGCAGGGCCAUCUGGAGCAGUCAGGGGCACUGGCAUUUCCUCUAGGAGCCACCAGACAAACUUGUUCACCUGUCCCAGCACCCACUGCUACUCUGGUAAGAGUGCUGAAAAAUUCCAACACCCUGGGCAUUGCAAUAGAGGGAGGUGCCAAUACACGCCAGCCUUUGCCACGCAUAGUCACCAUUCAGAAAGGAGGCUCGGCUCACAACUGCGGCCAAUUGAGGGUGGGUCAGAUCAUUCUGGAAGUCAACGGCAUUUCUCUGAAAGGUCAGGAGCACAAAGAUGCUGCCCGAAUCAUCGCAGAGGCCUUCAAGACCAAAGAGAAGGACCACAUUGACUUCCUGGUGUUUGAGCCAGGACUCUAG